AUGAUUGCGCAACUCACACCCGUGCCCUACGGCGUUUCUACGCUUGUUGUUGCCUCUGUGGCCCUUUUAAUUCUAUACUAUCUACUCGGACCCCUUCUCAGCCCGCUACGUGACAUCGAAGGGCCGGCGUUUGCACGCUACACGCGUCUCUGGGAGCUGUACCAGAACUGGCGCGGUCAACUUGAGCAUGUCACGGUCGCUCUGCAUGAGGAAUAUGGCCCCAUAGUGCGCCUGGCGCCAAAUCGUUACAGCAUCAGUGAUCCCUCGGCGAUUCGCACAAUAUACGGUGCGGGUUCCAAAUUUUCCAAGUCAGACUACUACGACUCAUUUGGUUCCCCAUCCAUGGCGCACCGAGACGUCUUUACUCAAAAAAGCAACGAGAAACACGCCACGGAACGCCGUAAAACCUCGAAUCUAUACGCCAUGAGCUCCAUGGUCACCUACGAACCCUUUGUAGACGAAGUAAACGCCAGAUUCAUCGCUGCUCUGGCGGACCAUGCAAGCCACGGGCUUGACUUUGACCUAUUUACUUGGAUGCAGUUCUAUGCAUUUGAUGUCAUUGGAGAGAUUACCUUUGGCCGAUCGUUUGGUCUAAUCGAAGCCGGGUAUGAUAAGGAUCGUCUUUUACAUGCCGCCCACGUGGGUUCGAUUUCCUACGGGUCAAUGGUUGCGUUGGUGCCAGAGAUUCACCCGUGCCACUGGCGGGUGAUACAGCGGGUGAUAACGCGCGAGAUCGGAGCGAGGGUGCAAGGAACAAGUUUGAGCAAUCGUAAGGACUUCCUGGAGAAGUGUGUCGAGUUGACAAAGACCGGGAAGAUGGAUGAGUUUGUCAUGAACAAUGUCCUUGGCGCCAAUUUAGGCGCGGGCUCAGACACCACUGGAAUUAGCCUGACUGCCGUCAUCUACUUUCUUAUGAGGAACCCCCAUUGUCUAGAGAAGCUCCGGGGCGAAAUUGAGAGGGCGGCGCAGGAGGGAAAUCUUUCGGAUCCGGUCAGUUUCCAGGAAGCUCAGAGGCUUCCGUACCUGCAGGCGUGUAUUAAGGAGGCGCUGAGAAUGCAUGCGGCGGUUGGUCAGAUCUUGAGCAGGGUUGUUCCAGAAGGGGGUGCUCAACUUGCAGGGAGGCAUUUUCCAGAGGGGACUGUCGUCGGGGUCAACGCCUGGGUGAUUCACAGCGAUGCGAGCAUCUGGGGUAAAGAUGUGGACCAGUUUCGACCGGAGCGCUGGCUGGUUCCGAAGGAGGAAGUUGCACUUUUGGAACAGAAUUUCCUUGCAUUUGGGGCUGGGGCAAGAACUUGCAUAGGGAAGAAUAUCUCUCUCCUUGAAAUGACAAAACUUCUGCCGCAGUUGGUGAGGAGGUUUGACUUUGUGCCUGCGGGGAACAAAAAUUGGACAACAAGCAGCGGAUGGUUUGUCAAACAAAAAAUCCAGGUUAAGCUUAUUGAGAGAAAGUAG